AUGAGCUCAUCGGCUGGACAAUCGUCCAAUUCAGGUCAAGAUGUCUUAUCGCUGCUUCCUCAAUUUAUCAACCUACUUCGGUCGCCCUCAAUACCAGCUAUCCCACUUCCAACGCUCCUGGGAGCUAUUACCCAUUUCCUGUGCAACCUCGACUCCCCUCAUCUGGAAGGCUUUAUCUCAGCACUCGUCACUUCUCCUUUUCUUUGGUCUGACAUCGAUUCGACGGUAGAUGAUGUUCGGAAUACCAUAAGGCUAGCUGUACCUGCCAGGAUAAGCAAGAUCAAUCAAGAAACGCAGAAUGUAUAUUUUGCUGAAACAAGGAAGAAGAGGAGAGCGAGGGAAUGGCUACAUGUUUGUGUAAAAUCAGCAGUAGCUAUCGAAGAUGGUCCGGGAACAUACUCUUUUCUCUUUGGUAUUCUUCAAGGUUUAGACGACACACAAGACCUAGAUUGGGGAAAGGAAAGAGUAAACUUGGAGGAGACGGCAGUGUUAUUUUUAGCAGGAAAAAUGAAUACUUCAAGAGAUACAGUAAAGGAAUUAUGUAUAGUGAUCCCUCACAUCGCAUUGGAAAGAUUACAAGCUCUAGAUAUGGAAAAACUCGUCUCUGCUAUCGACCUCAAUUUUCAUGCUACUUUUGAUAUUCUGACUCGUCAGUUUGAGCAAGAAGGUCCCACUCUCGCUAGAGCCCUUGCGCGAUCAUUUGAGGUCCUGGAAUCGGGUGGUCCUUCAAGUAGAAAGUUUGCAUGGGAGAGCAUGAAAAGGUUCUGUAUGGAAGUUAAAGGUCGAGCCGAUAAUUGGGAGAAAGAAUGGAUUAUCAAGGAUAUCAGGUCUGACGCUAACGAAUGGCAAAAACGAAAAACAGCUUUCUUCUCAUUCUUACUUGUCAGCUCGACCAUUCUCGAAAUCUUACUUCGCGACAAUCUACAAGCACCCGGUACUCUGUUCGGGGGCUCAGAAUCAUCAUCUGAUAUUGCUGCACAUAUCUUAUCUGAGUUGGCGUCAUUUGCAUAUCUGACCGAAGAAAGUCAGGGUGGUUUCGAGAAUUAUCAUGAGAUCUUGUAUGGGUGUUUGGAUAUUAUAGAUACUCGGGCUGGGACCCAAGGCGUGAGGAAGCUCUUCGAUCUAGUCUGUGAAGAUGCCGAUAUGAGUGAUGCUCGAGCUGGAUUUGUUUUAGUGCUGGGUGAAGAAUUAGUGCAUCAUCUUGGGAAGAAGCAGAUUGAUAUGUUAUUCCCGCUCGCCGAAAGGCAUGUAGUAAGACCGAGUCAUCAUGCGAGCUUUGAGGCGUCUCACGCCUUCAUGUUAACGCUAUUGAAGAGUUCAGCGGCUAGCCUGGAAUCUAGUCACUCUCAAGAAGCUUUCUUCGAUGCAUUAUUGCCUAACUACCUGGACAUCCUUACAAAGCAAUACAGAAGUGAUGAAAUUACACCUGAACAAUUUCGACAAGCGUUCCCUCUCAUAGUAGGAUCAUCGUCCAAACGCUCUCCAGAUGCCGUCCAAAACUGUCUAUCUGCUUUAUCAACAAUGCCGGAGACUGCAGAAAUCCGAAAAAUCCGAGUUUCAAUCACACCUUACAUACCUUCGACAGACUUACCUCUUUACCUCGAUGAUUUAGCUCAGAUGAUAGUCAGAACAGGAACAGAUUCCGAGGAAAGAUUAGAUUUGGUGAAAAGUGCCUUUGAAAUGAUUGUCAGGGAUAUGAGCGACGCUCACAGAAGUAUAGGAAUUGAUUGGUGGCUCAAGUGGAAGACUGAGUUCGAAGGAACAGAUAGGCAGGUUGGCUUUAUACGUAGUAGACUUUGA